AUGGCACAUGGCGUCCCCAUUCAUGUUCCUUCCCAAGACAAUAUCAGUCAGCUUCAGACACCCUCAGAUGGCGACUGGUCCCAGGCGACGUUCACCUACGACACAUCCAAGGGUGCUCAAGUGUCGAGUCUCGACGAUUCAUCGUCCCCUCAAUCGAGAGACUGGCCUUCGACGGAGAAGUACUAUUCGACUCCCAUGGACAGACAUGCCUCGAGGUGUCCUCGGAUGACACUAUGGAAGACGAUUGCUCUUCCCACAGCCAUCGUUGUCUUCCCGAUGGCUGCUCUGGUCGCCGGCCUACUGGGAUUGAUCUUUGGUUACCGAGUCAGAUCAGAGGACAGCUUGUUCGCCGCAGUAUCCAACUCUGAUGCGCUGAGUAACUAUGCUGUUGUGCUGGUCCAUUUUUCGGCGACGAGGAUCGCGUUCGUGGCCUCGUGGGCAUCAACACUUGCUCCACUGUUAGCAACUUUUGUCAUGAAUCUGUCCAGCUUCCAAAGUGCUCUAGCAAUGUUCCACGCCUCGUCGGGUACCGAACAACGUGAUCUACCGACUCCCUACCAGUACAGCCUACUUAUUGGCCUCUGCUUAGCGGAAGUAGGCAGACUGAAAAGAUAUUUCUCCUACUCAAGAACCGAUGGAAUUGUCAUUCCACCAGUCCUACGUCGAGCUGCACGCACAAUGACAGUGACCCUAGUUUUGGCCGUGGUCAUUUUCGGUGCCGACACGGCUCUGCAUUACACAACCAGCACUAUCAACUUUGACCAAGUCUCAACAGUCUCGGAGAUGCACACCUACGGCCGUGGUCUCUCCGAAGAAUGCCUCAUCCUAAAUCGCACCGAGAACUUCGGCCUCCCGUGCUCACGCAACUCAGAUCUGGCUGCGUCAAAUUACUACGCCUUCAACCAGGGACAAAACGAAAUCACUUUUCUCGAGCAUGACCUAUCCAACAUCUCCGAAGUCAGUCUCGUUUUAGCACCAAACCAGCCUCCAACAAGCGAACAUGGCAUGGCCGUAAUUCUUCUUCCCCAAACAGCCAAGGUCUCUCCGUACCAGGACUACCGCGCCACGACCGCAGCAGUCGUCACGACCUGCACGCCCAUUAGCGCCGAGUGUCAGUGGAAAACUUGGGGCCCGGAAGACCUCUACAGCCAAUUCAACUGCAGUGGUAACUUCUACGGCGUUCUCGGCAUGGCACCCAACCUCACCGACACAGGCGUUGCGCUUGACGACUCCAAUGUGCCUCCACUAGGCUUCAAACCGGGCUCAGCCCUUCAAUACUCAUUCUUCAUGGACCAAGACCUCGAGACCCCAUACGACAGUACCGGUGUCAACGGUCCUGUCCUCGAAGACUCGCAGCUCAUCAAUCCCGUCUACCUCGGCGUCGCCGCCCGUGUCAUUUCGAGCGCUCAACGAGCAGGCGUCAACAUGUCCGGCGAUCCGGGCGUUCACCAAGGUCCGACACAGAACCUCGAUUUUGUCCUUCGCUGCCAAUAUGCGACCUACGAAGCUGACUACGUAUGGGUCAAUUCCACCGCCCGCAUCACUUCACUUACUCCAUCUCCAAAUGGCACUCUUGCCGAGAUUUUUCACGGGUUCAAUAUAGCGGGCAGCUACGCCGCGUUCGACAAUGACUUGUCAGACGACCUCCUCCAGUCCGCUCUGCAGUCUGACCCGCAAUCCAUGGCCGAUGACUUUGCCAAUUUCUACUCCAUACGCGUCAUGAGCGUGAUCGGUCCGUUUCUGUCUAGCAGGAUGAAUUUGCAGGAACAAGUGCGCACACCGUUACUCGUGGCCAAGGUGCCGAAAGCGCCACUCGCCAUCUUGGUGGCAGGGUGCCUCGCUUAUAUCGUGUUUGGCCUCGUGAGUGCAGUGCUGGCCUACCGCGCUCUCGACGAGGUCGAUGUCCGUGAUGUGGCGUUUCGAUUUAGUCUGUCCGCGCUGGGACUACAGGCGUUCCGGGAUGUGGUGACAGAGAAUACGGCGACCGAGGUUGACGCUGCCGGACAUCGCGUAUUCGAUGAGUACAAGAUCAGAAGUGAGACGAGCAGGGUUGCUGUUGAGGGUGAGCCUGCGAAUGGGUUUGUACUGAAGAGUUUGGUGUGA